ACUAGCAGCUGUAGUGUUGGAUGAACAACCGGUAGAGGUCCCAAAUGAUAUCCGUAAACUGCUGUCAUCUGAAGGCACAGUAAUGUUAGUAACAUUAUGGGGCGAAAUUCAACAAUUGGUACCUCUGGCAUUCUUUUAUAGAUGUAAACAGUUUUACGAACCAACAAAGAACCAUUUGUACUGAAUCAACUGUUCAUCAAUCAAACCGUAUAUCAGUUCGAAACCGCAAAGGUCAUUUUCAAUUCAACAGUAUGAACAGAAGGCGUGUCAGAAGUGAUAAUUGCAAUUUUAGUGUCCAAUAAAUUUGCCACGCGACUACGGCAUUCAACCAGUUUGUUCAUCAUGAUAUUCGUGCUUACAUUGAGUGCGAUGGCUUGUGGAUGUGCCAUUGUUCCAUCCGUAAUGUCGUCAACGGUUCUGCUAACAAAAGCAACAGCAGAAGUUCUGCUGGACAGUUUUACGAAGACUGUGGACACCCUUUUUGUGACCGUACUGCUGAAGAGCAUCGAGUUGAAUCCCAUUGGUGAAAUACUGACCCAAGUCGAUGAACCACUGCCAGUGGCCAUCCAAUCGGUUCCCCAGAGAACAUCACUAGUUUUUAAACAACGGUACAACCUAGUUCUGCUGGACUCCUGGAUGUCGAUCGGACGUUUGCAGUCGUUUCUCAAUUCGAAACAGUUCGACUCCACCGGAUUGUAUCUAAUGGUCGUAACUUCCCUAGGACUAGACUGCACCAGUUUGGCUGAUGCUCUCUUAGAGAUGACAAGUAACCGAUUCAUCUAUGACGUGGAUGUUCUGUGUCUACAGGACGGAUCAGUUAUUAUGACAACGUACUUUCCCUACGGACGUCCCGAUCAUCCCAUUUGUCAUAUAGCUAGGUGGAAUACGUACGAACUUCAAGGUUUCACCUAUGAUAGACCUCACUACCCAGAGAAGUUGCAGAACUUCUAUGGAUCGCCACUACGGGUCGCGCUUUUCGAUUCAGCUCCGUUCAUGAUACUGAUUCGGGACUCGAACAACCGACCCAUAGACUAUGCAGGAAUCGACGGUCAUCUGCUGAAGAAGAUUGCCGAUGAUCUUAACAUAACCAUAGAACCCGUCAUACCACCACGGGAUGAAAAGUGGGGAGCCCUUGAACCUGAUGGCACCGCUACCGGGUCAAUGGGAAUGGUUAUAAACGGAACCGUGAAUAUGACCUUGAGCUUUUUCGGAAACAACCCUUUGAGGCAGAAGUUCAUGUCGUCAUCGAUGAGCUACUAUCAAAGCUCCCUCGUCCUAAUCGUCUCCCCGGGUGCGGAGUAUGGAACCUUCGAGAAACUGCUCCUCCCAUUCCAGUUGACGCUCUGGAUCGGGUUCAUCAUCGUGUUCAUCAACGCUCUGAUUAUCAUCGUAAUUCUCCAGAACUUACCGCUUGUCGUUCAGCAGUUCGUGUUUGGCCGGGGCAACCGAAUUCCGAUGCUGAACUUCUACUUGGCAACUUUGGGCUACCCUGUUGAACCUCCGCCAAGCCGCAACUUUUCCCGUUUCCUUCUCCUGCUCUGGAUCUUCGGCACCUUCAUUCUCCGGACUGCUUAUCAACAGGAGAUGUUCGAUUUUCUCCACCGGCCAUUGAACCGCAGCACCGUGCGUGGGUGGGACCAGUUCGUCUCAGCGGGGUAUCACAUCUUCGCCGCUCCGACAGCGGAAUACAUCUUCGAAUCUGUCCAUGAGAAAAUCAGAAGCUCCAUCCAAGUCAUCCGUGUUAAUGACCACAACGCCGUAAUGGAAGACAUUCGCUACGGACGAAUUCAUGGAGCUCGUCUGAGCUAUCCGGAAUCCAUCUUCUACCUGAACCAACAAGCCAUGCUCGACGGAGGACCCUUCUACCAGCAGUUCAGCGAACGCCUGUACAGCUACUCGAUCCACGUGUUCUUUCGCAAGAACUCUCCACUGGUGAAGAGCUUCGACGAGCACAUCCAGCCUCUGGUGACGCAUGGCUUCAUACGGCAUUGGGCCGACUCCAUUCUGAACCGCAACUUGAUUCGAGGCAUUGAAGCCCGCGCUCGGCAGGCCCUCGUUGUCCAGCCCUUGACCACCAAAAUGCUGGCCGGGGUGUUUGGACUGUACGGAAUUGGACUUGCGUGCGCUGGGGUGGUAUUUGUGGCGGAAAACUCUCUGGCCAAUUAUAGACAGUUGUAG